CAAUCUUUCCUGCGGAUUAUUAGUUUCGGCAGCCGGCUUCUGGGUCGCCCGCAACGUCUGUUCCAUCAAUCUCGUCUCUCAUCCGACCACACCCUACUUCUGAUAUGGGUUGUUCAGUGCCCAUUUGUGAUCCUGUUUUAGAGCUGCUUUUGAAAGAAUCCUGAGAAAUGCUGGUAUUUGAAAGAAUCCUGAGACAUCCUGAUACUGUUGACCCAAAUCAUUGCAGAGCAGACUUGAUGGAAUUUGAAUCCAAGCCAAUAUCAAAGAGAAGUCAAAUCUUUUACUACUCGUUUCGGAACUUCCCGGCUCGACUGAAGUCCAUAGAUGCUUGCUGCAAAGCAAUGAAAUUGCAGACUGGCCUUCGCACGGUGAAGUUGGAGCAGACGUGAAAUGGAGUAUUUGCUGGAGAAGAAUAGGACGUUGGAGAGGCAGAAAAUCAGCUGAGUGCUCCUUCCAUCGAUUGUUCUUUCUUUUUGGCUCAUUUUUAACAAUUUAUUUGAUAUCUUUGUUGAUCUUGGUGGGUAGUGAUUCGAAAUCAUAUCACAUUGAAAAAAGCAGAAUCAUAUAUAAUGUAAUUCCAAAUUAAUUGAAUCCCAACCCUGUCAUUGCUACUACUUGUUUUCCUCUUUUUGUCUAUUUUUUCUGUCAAACUUUUAGAUUCCUAAGAGCUAAGAUGCAUAAUUUUGCUGACUGUGAACUAAUUUUUUUUCUCUGCUGAUUGGUAGUGUUCUGUAUCUAAAUCAAUGUGAUGAUCUGGAGCUGAGUGAGUAGGACGAGGAGGUGGACACCAGAAGCAAUGCUGCUAGAAUUUGAGGUCAAAGAAUAUUUGGUUGCAAGAGCUCAGGGCACGCAAUGAGACAAACUCAAAUCCAACAAAUGCUUAAAGGUGUGGGCAGUUUGGUUUUGUGUUGUGUGGUCUAUAUGGUUAUGGAGGAAUGGCCGAAUCUUCCAGGAGGAGGCAACUUCAAUGGAAAAGGUGGUAGAGCUUGUCAAGUGUCAAUCAUUUUUCUGGAUUAAAGAUAAUAUACAGUCUGAUCUCGACCGGGAUUUAUGGAUGAGAUUACCGACGGAAGUCUGCAAGUUGCAAAACAAUUCAUGGAUCUAAUUGAACACAACUUGCUAUUUUGUGGCUUAGAUUAUUGGAUUUGUACGCUGAUUGGUAACUAUUUUUUGGUAAACAGGUUUGCAGUACCCUUGUACUCCUAUUAGUAAAACUUAUCAUUUUGC